CCUACGAAGAAAAGAGACGGAAUAUCUAUUUUUGUUUUUACGUUGGCUAUGCUUGAUGUUGGUAUUUGCUAAGUGUCUGCCUGCCAUUUUGUAAGAUAGAAGGGAGAUAAAAAAUAGUUUUAUGGUGUUAAAAUUUUAUAAAAACUCCGUUGCCAUUUGUAUUAGGGCCAAAAACAAAUGUUUAAAUGGACGCAUCGUCCAUUAUAACUCAAGUGUCACGGGAUGACGAACAAUUAAACAACUAUGGAUCCGACAGAGGAACGACGCCCAGUGGCCAGCAUAAUGAAGGAGAUGGCACCCCGGUGUCGGGGUCCACGGCUCUGGGCAGCAAGAAAUCGAGUGGUGGCGGAGGAUUUCUGCGAUCCCUGCUGUGUUGUUGGCGAGGUGGCAGAGGCAAGGGGCCGCCCGGCAGCAAUGGUGCAAACAGCAUCGAUGGCCGGGCCUCUCCCCCACUGCUGGUCAUGUCAGACCAUGCACCUCGGCCAUUGUUACCACCUGUAAGACAUCAGGACAUGCAUAAAAAAUGUAUGGUCAUUGAUUUGGAUGAAACUCUGGUCCACAGUUCAUUUAAGCCUAUCAACAACGCAGACUUCGUGGUGCCCGUGGAGAUCGACGGUGCGGUGCAUCAAGUGUACGUGUUGAAGCGGCCGCACGUCGACGAAUUCCUGCGUCGAUGCGGCGAGCUGUACGAGUGCGUGCUGUUUACAGCCUCGCUCGCCAAGUAUGCGGACCCUGUCGCCGACCUGCUAGAUAGAUGGGGCGUGUUCCGCGCGCGCUUGUUCCGCGACAGCUGCGUGUUCCACCGCGGUAACUACGUGAAGGACCUCAACAGUCUCGGCCGCGAUCUGCGGCGCGUCGUCAUUGUUGACAACUCGCCCGCCUCAUACAUCUUCCAUCCGGAUAAUGCUGUACCUGUCGCGUCCUGGUUCGACGACAUGACAGAUUCAGAACUGUUAGACCUGAUACCGUUCUUCGAGAAGCUGAGCAAAGUUGAUAGUGUGUACACAGUGCUACGUAACUCCAACCACCCGUACAACCCGGCGCAGGGCAGCCCGCCGCCCGCAUAGCCGGGCCCCGCCCACCGCGCCGGGGGGCGGAGCACCGCGCGCACGGGGGCGGGGCCGCACGCGUACACGCAUCCGUCCCACGAGUCGCGCCUCCCCAUACCCCUCCGCGAGAGUCGCGUUUGUGCUGACCCGACCCCCGCCCGCCCCUUCACCACCUUCCUCGGGACGAUCGUCAAGAGAGGAGCGAACUUCGUAUUAAGUGCCAAUUUUGCCUUCUGGAUAGUAAGGACGUUAUUUGUACCUAUUAUACAUUUUAGGUAUUUCUUAGUGCGUAAGUGGUCCGUAUGAUGGAUUUGUAUUUUUUUAAAAUAAUUUAACUUAUCCCCUUGUCGCUGUGAAGCUUGCAGUAAGCGGUAUGUGCGUACGUCUAUAUUUUAAAUGUAAUAUCAGUGUUUCUAUUUUUAAAGAGUAAAAAUAUCGAUGUUUUAGUCGUUAGGUGUCUCUUAAUAAUCGAUAAAUAAUCGAUCGAUGUCUUUUUAUAUCGCGCUUGGGAUCAAAUAUGAAUUAGGGAGAUUGCAGUUGAGGAAUUAUUAAAAUAGCUUCGUGUGUCCGAUAGGGAUGAUCGAUGUUAUAGUACGCAAGAAUCGAUGUUUAUAAAAAUAUUGGCAGGUAUA